AUGGAUAAAAAGGAUGACCCGAAGGACCACGAAUUCGGGGAGGUGAAGAAGGAGAAGCCGUUAAACACUAAGAUCAGGUACUUGAGGUACACCGGAGCCAUCAAAGCUGAAGUGUUGAAGGGUUUGAUUGCUGGAGGGAUCAAAGCUGAAAAGUUGAAGACUUUUAUAAAUUGGAGCAUCAAAAACGAGAAGCUAAAGGGUUUGGUGAUUUCUAGGACACGACUGGCGCGGCUGAAAUUGUGGGCGGCACGAGCCACAACCGUGCUGCUACUGUGGGCUAUAGCAAUGCAGCUCAAGGCAUUGGGAGAGAACUUGCUGCCAUGGAUAUCUAAAAGCUCUUUUCCACCACAAAGGGUUUAUGAGAACAAUGGAUAUUUGAUGGUUUCAUCCAAUGGAGGACUAAAUCAGAUGCGAUCUGGUAUAUGUGACAUGGUAGCUAUUGCAAGAUAUAUGAAUGUCACGCUUAUAGUUCCUGAAAUGGAUAAUACCUCCUUCUGGAACGACCACAGUCAAUUUGAAGACAUAUUGGAUGUGGAUCAUUUCAUUGCAUCAUUGAGAGACGAGGUUCGGAUAUUGAAAGAAUUGCCUCCUGAGCAGAAGAACAAAGUGGAAUUAGAAUCCCUUUAUUCCAUGCCCCCCAUUAGUUGGUCUAACAUGACAUACUACCAUAACACGAUCAUUCCUCGCAUGAAAACAUACGAAAUUGUGCACUUCACUAAAACUGAUGCUAGGCUUGCCAAUAAUGGGAUUCCUGGAGAGGUUCAAAAGCUCCGGUGCCGAGCAAAUUACCAAGCUCUGAGAUUUGCUCCUCCAAUUGAGGAACUUGGCAAGAAAAUCGUUCGGAUUCUCAGGGAAAGAGGCCCUUUCUUGGUCCUUCAUCUCAGAUAUGAAAUGGACAUGGUAGCAUUCUCUGGCUGUAGAAGAAGAGAUUGA